CCAAAGUUCUCGGCUGUCUUCACAUUCUAAGGGAGACCCUGAAUCGCGGCUCACCAUGAACGCCUCUCUGAUGCUAAUUUUUGGCUUGUGCUUCUUAGCGGCUCCUUUGGAAGGCAUCACUGUCCAGGUACAAAACUUCUCAUUCUCCUGGAACUCAGUGAAAACGCUGAAGAGCCUUCUGGAUGCUGCACCCAAAAAUCCGCGUAUGCGCAGCCAAAUGACUGUGCCCGUGUGCUUUCAUCCCCAACUUCCCAGUGAAUUUUUGCCUCUCUGCUCCACGCCUAAGGCCGCCAACGUGAUCAGAGCACUUGAUACCAUUGCCAGCGAACCUGAGAUCUGUGAAAUCUGUGCCAACGUUGCCUGCUCUGGAUGCUAAUGGAGCACCGGCCUCUCUCUCCGCGGGCUGCUCUGGACCUCCUGAUGGCCACCACAUCCUGGUCCUGCUACUGUGACUUCCUGCAACCUCUGUUAGAAGUCACCUCUGUUUGCUUGCACUCACCGUCAACUCUGUAGAAUCCAGGACUGGCUUCGGGAGAAGGGAAGGGUGGAAGACCAGAAUGGGGAUCGAGCGGAGCUCCUGGAAGUAGACCAAUCCAGGAAGGGUCCUUCUCAGUAGCCGUGUUCACACGCUGCCCUAAGCCAUUAUUUCCUUAACCAUGGUUUGCUGGACUUGGCUGGGUCCCAUAGCACACUCAGCUUAGUUCAUGUGGGGCAUUUUAUGGGAACAAAGUCAAAUGCGAGCUGUAAACCAUGCUUUUUGGCUCAACCGGCAUGAGGAUGUGUUUGGGUUUAACCUUUGUGGCAAAAGCUUGCAAGAUGGCCUUCUUCCUUGCCACAUUUCCGCCACGCCUCCCCAUGCUAACUCUGUUCCCAGCUCACUUUCAUUCCUCCUGGGCUGCUUCAGGCCUUCUCUCCCCCUUCGUCCCUCCCCGAAUAGAUUUAUUUUUGUACUUCUGCAAUCCUUAAAUCUCCUGCUCUGCUGAUACCCCCCUCUUCUGGAGGGAAGUCUUAGAGCACCAUAAACACCGCCCCCCUGGAAAUGAGGAAAAGGCUGUUAUGAUCUGAUGGGAAGCAGAUUUUUCAGUCAAUAAAAAAAUUUAUGGGGCUGUCCUUA